AUGAGCACCAAACUCACCUCCUCCCAAAAGAGUGUCGUUCAGCAAUUCCGCAACAUUACUUCAACUUCAGAGAAGGUUGCUACUGAAUAUCUCAAAAAGUCAAACUGGGAAUUGGAUAGAGCUGUCGAUGAUUAUUACAAUAGCACAGGUGGAAGCUUGAGCAGUUCAGCAAGCACAUCCAAGGAAAUGGAACAGGCUUUUGAUAAAUACAAACAACUCAGUAAUAACACCAAUGAAGAGACCAUCAAUAAUAUCACUUUGGAUGGUAUUUUGGCACUUGCUAAAGAUUUGGAUACUGAUCCAGAGUCUGACCCACUCCUUUUCGUUCUCUUUUAUAAACUUGGUUGUAAAACAGCCUAUAAUAUUACACCAGAUGAAUGGAAACAAGGAAUGAGCGAAUUGAAGAUUACCAAGUUUGAUCAAUUGAAGAAGAAGAUUCAACAAGUGAAACAAGACAUUUACAAUGAUGCUAAUCAAUUCAAAGAAUUUUAUGAAUAUGUUUUUGAUUAUUCUUUGGAAGAGGGAGCCAAGACCGUUCCUCCAGAUGUUGCUAUCGGUCAAUGGAAACUUGUGUUAAAGGGAAAGUACAAGUUUUUGGACGUUUGGUGUGAAUAUAUUGAAAAAGUUUUCAAGAAGGCCAUCACUGCUGACACUUGGAAACUCUUUUUAGAUUUCACAAAGAAUUAUCCUAGCGGCGACUACAAGGACUACGAUGCUGAUGCUGGUGCUUGGCCAGUGGCCAUUGAUGAUUUUUGUGUGUACCAUCAAGAAAAGUUGAAAAAGUAA